CCUUGUUAGCGGAUCAUAUCUCUGGGUUACGCACGCUGCAGUGAAGGCAAAGCUUCGGUUUUGGAAUGAAGCCUUUAUAAAGGGAACCUUGAGUGCCCUGAAUCCACACCCCACUCAUUUCCACCGCUACUUGUCGGAUCUCGAAGCAUUUAUUGCCAUAAAAAUUCGUUUUCUCCCAGCUGGCCUUUCUUCUCCAUCAGAUCCUCAUCUGAUCUGGGUUUCACCGUUAAAAAAAUAUUUGUAGGAAAAGAAAAGAUGGAGAACAAGGGAACGGAAGACGGAGCGUUCAGCUUAGCUAGAAGCGAAAGCACUGGCGGACGUAAGUACGGGCUGGCGAAGAUCCAGACGCAGAAGGAGAAGCCCAAGGAGGUGUGCCACGACGACAGUGCACCUCCGGUGAGAGCUCAGACGAUCGACGAGCUUCAUUCUCUACAGAAGAAGAAGUCAGCGCCGGCAACUCCGGUAAGAGGAACUCAUGGAGCUUUUGCAGCCAUGUCCGAAGAAGAACGCCAUAAACAGCAACUCCAAUCCAUCAGCGCUUCGCUGGCUUCGCUGACGAGGGAGACAGGACCGAAGGUGGUGAAAGGGGACCCGGCGAGGAUGGCAGAAAGCCCGAGGGUGACGCAUGUUGAGCACCACUCUUAUGCUCCCUCCCUCGGCAUAAGUGACAGUGCGCUCAAGUUCACACACAUCCUCUACAACCUCUCACCCGCUGAACUGUACGAGCAAUCUAUCAAGUACGAGAAAGGAUCAUUUAUAACAUCAACUGGUGCGUUGGCAACUCUAUCCGGAGCAAAGACAGGUAGGGCGCCGAGAGACAAACGCGUAGUCAGGGACGAAACCACUGAAGAUGAGCUUUGGUGGGGAAGGGGCUCACCCAACAUCGAGAUGGACGAGCAUACUUUCCUAGUUAACAGAGAGAGAGCUGUCGAUUACUUGAACUCGUUGGAUAAGGUAUUCGUGAAUGAUCAGUUUUUGAACUGGGAUCCAGAUCACCGUAUCAAAGUCCGAAUUGUAUCUGCCAGAGCUUACCAUUCCUUGUUCAUGCACAACAUGUGUAUAAGGCCAACUCCUGAAGAGCUGGAGAAUUUUGGUACUCCGGACUUCACGAUAUACAAUGCAGGGCAGUUCCCAUGCAAUCGUUACACUCACCACAUGACUUCCUCCACCAGCAUAGACCUCAAUCUUGCUAGGAUGGAAAUGGUCAUCCUUGGCACUCAGUAUGCUGGGGAAAUGAAGAAGGGUCUAUUCAGCGUAAUGCAUUAUCUCAUGCCUAGGCGUCAGAUCCUCUCCCUUCACUCUGGUUGCAAUGUGGGCAAAGAUGGUGAUGUUGCCCUUUUCUUUGGAUUAUCAGGUACUGGGAAGACAACUCUAUCCACGGAUCAUAACAGGUUUUUAAUCGGAGAUGAUGAGCACUGCUGGAGUGAGAAUGGUGUGUCAAACAUUGAAGGUGGUUGCUACGCAAAGUGCAUUGAUUUGUCGAGGGAAAAGGAGCCUGAUAUUUGGAAUGCUAUCAAGUUUGGGACCGUGGUGGAGAAUGUCGUGUUCGAUGAGCAUACUCGGGAAGUGGACUACUCAGACAAGUCUGUUACAGAGAACACACGUGCAGCAUAUCCAAUAGAGUACAUUCCUAAUGCUAAAUUACCGUGUGUUGGACCCCAUCCAAUGAAUGUCAUCCUUCUAGCCUGUGAUGCCUUUGGUGUGCUCCCACCUGUGAGCAAGCUGAGCUUGGCUCAGACCAUGUACCAUUUUAUCAGCGGCUACACUGCUCUGGUGGCUGGGACAGAGGAUGGUAUCAAGGAGCCACAGGCUACAUUCUCAGCCUGCUUUGGUGCAGCAUUUAUAAUGCUGCAUCCCACAAAGUAUGCAGCAAUGCUGGCUGAAAAGAUGCAAAAACAUGGGGCUACAGGAUGGCUAGUUAACACAGGCUGGUCAGGAGGGAGCUUUGGAUCGGGUAACCGAAUCAAGUUAGCUUAUACCAGGAAGAUCAUUGAUGCUAUUCACUCAGGGACCCUUUUGACAGCAAGCCACACCAAGACUGAAGUAUUUGGACUUGAUAUCCCUACUGAAAUUGAGGGCGUGCCUUCAGAAAUCCUAAAUCCAAUAAACACAUGGCAAGAUAAGAAGGCCUACAAAGAUACAUUAUUAAAGCUAGGGGGUCUGUUCAAGAAGAAUUUUGAGGGAUUUUUGAGCUACAAGAUUGGAAAGGACAACAAUCUGACUGAGGAGAUCCUUGCAGCUGGUCCUAUAUUCUGAAUGGAAAUCUGUGACUGAUGGAGCAAAGGUGAAGUUGAGGGAAACAAGAGAAUGCAUAUUCCACUGUUACUGUGCAGAGUUUUGUGUAAUCUUUUGUCCUGAUACUUUCAUAUAAUCUUAUCUUUCUUUAUUUUCUGUAAGCAAAACACACACACAAAGGAAGAGGUGCUUUAUUGUGUGAAAUUUAUUCAUAUCAAUGUAAUGUGAGUCGAUAUAAAAAAAAAAAUGUAAUGCAAGUCGAGAGGGAAAAGGGGUCAUCUUGUAUAUGGAACUGCAGCUCGAUUGAAAAUAUGUUUAUUUGUCAAAAUAAUUUGGAAUAAUUAUACAGGUA